AUGGGAGGGGAGCCUGAUGGGUUUAGGUCCUGGCCUGCCUUCUACUCCAGUAUUUCUAAAUGGAGGCCUCGGUACUCCCAUAGGAUGGUUUGUUGGGAGUUGCCGGCCCAGGGAAGUUGGAAGUUAAACACGGAUGGCUGUUUACUAGGUAACCCGGGAGUUAGUGACGGGGGUGAUGUGCUUAGGGAUUUAUUUGGUGCGUUGUUGUUUGGGUUUUCUGUACCUUUUGGGGAGCUGACAUGUAUUCAGGCUGAGGGUUUGGAAUGGACAGUGGGGCAUUGUUUUCGCAAGGCAAAUCAAGUGGCAGAUGCUCUGGCCAAGGCUGGGGCAAACUCUGCGGGUAUUGUCAUUUAUACCUCACAGGCGGAAUUACCAAGAUUGGCAAGGGGAGCCUUGGGUUUAGAUAGAUCACAGACCCCCGUCAUACGCAAGCAAGCUGUUCGUAACUAA